UGAAAACAAAGUUUAAUCUUAAAAUCUAACCUCAAACUUUGAAAAAUAUGUUAUGAAGUCAAGGGUUAAAAAAAAUGUAUAAUCUUUUAAAAUAAAAUAAAACUUUAAUUAAAAGUCUAGUUCAUGAUGGAUCUCAACAUCACAAAAGAAAUUUACCUUUUGUAUCUCAGUUUCCAUCGAAGAAGUAGCUCCAUUUAGCUUUGUCACUCGUAUACUGAUUUUGUGGAGGUGUUUUGUUGAAUUGAAAGCAAUGGCAUCUUGUUCCUCCUUUUUGAAUUCAGCUUCAACCAAUCACCAGCGUCUCCUUUCAAUGACAAAGCUAAUAACAUCACACGUAAACCAAUCUCGUCACAAACAAGCUUUAUCAAUCUUCCACAACAUGCACUCCACUUUAUACAUGUCCCUUGACCCACACGUCUUCACUCUUGUCCUCAAAUCCUGCACCACCCUCCACCUUCCCCAUCUCGCCACUUCCAUUCACUCUCACCUCAUCAAAUCUUCAUUCCUCGAAAACAACCCAUUCCUUUCUUCCUCCCUCCUCAACUUCUACGGUCAUUGCAUUUCCCUCAACUCUGCACACCAACUGUUCGACGAAACUCCUCAUAGAAAUAUCAUUGUUUGGAACUCCAUCAUUGCACUUUAUUCACGUUCACAACAUAUAACAACUGCUAUUAACCUAUUUAAUCUCAUCAAUGUACCACGUAAUGAGUCCACUUUCAACCCAAUUAUUGCUGCUUUAUCAUUAUCGAAUCAAAACAAUGCUUCCUUUAAAGCUAUAAAUUUCUACCGUAAAAUGAUUGAGUUGAGACUCAAGCCGACUUUGAUCACGCUUCUUGCUCUUCUUCCGGCUUCUGUUUCAAUUGCGGCGUUGAAUUUGAUUAAAGAGAUUCAUGGUUAUGCAAUAAGGAAUGAUAUUGAUUGGCAUCCUCAAUUGAGUAGUGGGUUGAUAGAAGCUUAUGGUAGAUGCGGUUGUUUGAUGAAUUCGCGUAAAGUUUUUUUGAAGAUGAGGGAUUGUGAUAAAGAUGUAGUUGUUUGGAGUAGUUUGAUAUCGGCUUGUGCAUUGCAUGGUGAAGCUAAGGAAGCUUUGGAGAUUUUUCGAGAAAUGGAAGUUUCGGGUGUGAAGCCUGAUGGGAUUACUUUUCUUGGUGUUUUGAAAGCUUGUAGUCAUGCUUGGUUGGAUGACGAGGCUUUGUAUUGUUUUAUGAGGAUGCAUAAGGAUUAUGGUGUUGAGCCGAAUAGCGAACAUUAUUCUUGUUUGGUUGAUGUUUUGAGUAGGUGUGGGAGAUUGUAUGAAGCUUAUGAGGUUAUUAAAAGGAUGCCUGUGAAGGUCACUGCUAAGGCAUGGGGUGCUCUUCUUGGUGCUUGUAGGAACUAUGGAGAGUUGGGGUUGGCUGAGAUAGCGGGGAAGGCUUUGGCUGAGGUUGAGCCAGAUAAUGCUGCGAAUUAUGUUCUGUUGGCUAAGAUUUAUGCUAGUAUUGGGAGACAAGAUGAAGCUGAUAGAAUGAUAAGGGAAAUGAAAGAGAAGGGAGUGAAGACUAGGGGUGGUAGUAGUUGGGUUGUGCAUUCAGAGUCAUAACAUUAAUUGCAUGUGUCGUGGUUUUAAUUUGCAGUCACAGUUGAAAAGAAGUUUUUUAUGUUGUUGAGAAUCACAAACACAUAUUAUUGGUGUAUUCAGAGCCAGGACAUUAAUUGCACGUGUCGUGGUUUUAAUUUGCGGUCACAGUUGAAAAGAAGUUUUUAAUGUUGUUGAGAAUCACAAA